AGUCCAUUAUUAUACAAUAACCAAAACGUGAUCGUCGCGAGUGCAGCAGAGCAUCGACUCGGCACUGACCAUAAUAAGCACCCUGCACUAUUAAAUACUUCUCGCGACUUCGUUCCCCCUCCGCAAUCUCUUCGGCAACAAAAUCGAACAAAAAUACAGAAAAGUCCUUGAAUUGCUACCCGGCGGUUGCACCGGCUGGAAACGUGACUUCUCAGUUCUAUAUACAUGUCCAUACUUAUAUCUACUAUUCGCUGGAGGGUGAUGCACAUGCAAAAGUGUCUGUGCGUGUGCGCGCGUGUGUAGUUCUAUGUUGAGGCCGCAGGCGAUCACGAUCAAGAACAGGUUCUCCUGCAAUUACGUAUGCCGUGAAAGAGUUGGAGAGACGCAGAAUCCUUCUUCUACGUGGGCAUCGUCAGCUGGACCAGCAGUCGCGCGCUGGCACUAGAACCGAGAGAACUACCUGUCGAGGUAGUCUGAACGAGAAGCUUAUCAUCGACGUUGAGAAGAGACAAUGGCACUGUCACGCAUCGGCAACUCGGCCGAUCUCGCGAAUCUCUUCGUGAGGUCGUCCUAUGCAGCGACGAGCCCGCGCCAUGGACGUCAGAACGUUGAGAAGCUGCACGCGACGGUAGUGCGUCGUUACCCCGAGGCACCUCGGAUAAGCCUGCCCUCCAACGUCUCGGAGAUCUUCAACACCGAGACGUCGCGAUUCGCGCCCGAACGAGCCCGCGACCUGUUGGCUCCGCUCUGUCUCUACGGCUCGAACACCAUCGGCAACAGCGACUCUGCUGCUUCGUCCAACAUCUUUGGCUUCGCUAAUUCCAUCAAGAUGCAGCAACUCGACUCGAGGGUCGAAUCCUACGACUGCUUCGGAUCUGUCAGCCUGAACGGCUCGAUGCAGACCAACGUACCCAAGCCGUUCUGCGCCAACGGAAAGGACACGUAUCUCAACAUGCCCGGGGGACAAUGGGCCAGAGAUAGCAAGUACUUGGCGGAGAACAUGAGAAAGUCGCAUUUUAAGAUCUUUCAGAUGAGACAUGCCAAGAGGUCCGGUGGAUUGGAUGGUCUGUACAGCACGAGAGCACUUGCCGCAAGCGAUCCAGUCGUUCGCAGCUACUCGACGAGCGUCGGUACCAAGACUGAGAGCAAGAUGAGCGCGGUCAAGCCCACAGAAGAGAAAAAAGAUGGAGAGGGAGAGAAGGCUCAGCAGAAGAAGACGCCGCUCGUACUGAGCAAGAGGGAAAGAAUGCAAAUCCUGAUCAAAGACUACGGAAAGACGAUUAUCGUCUUUCACGUCGGCAUAUCUCUUAUAUCGCUUGGAAUUUUCUACACGAUCGUGUCAAGCGGGUUCGAUCCAACGCCGAUAAUCCAGUACUUCAGCGGCGGCACGCCGGAGAAAGCAGGCGAGGACGAGUUGGUCACCAAUAUAAUGAGCGAAGGCUCGACCUUCUUGAUCGCGUACGCUGUGCACAAGCUCUUCGCGCCGGUCAGGUUGUCGCUAACCCUUGCCCUGACGCCGAUGCUCGUCAAGUACCUGCGACGCAAAGGCAUCAUCAAGCCCCCUAAGAAGUUGAAAGCUGCGUUGGAGUCAGCCAAUACCACUGCGCCCAGAUGAACGAUGCCGGACACGACGAAGCGUGUUGCUUGGCGAUGGCUGCAGAUUUUCUGCCGGUCAACUUGUUAAAGUUAUUCGUUUGAGGUCGUUGACGCGGAAUUGCAGUGGCGUUGCGACCGAUGCUUCGUUUUGUACUGAAUCAAACAUAGAUUUAAAGGACACGAUUUUGCCUCUAGAUGCGGUGCGGAUUUACUUAUUUAAUUUGUCGAAGACUGCCAGUUAGUUCUGUAAAAUUCAAAUGAAUAUAACGUUGCGGCAUUACUCAGCGUUAUGUUUUAUAAAGGAAUAAAGGCAAUAAGUAAUAAACGUAUUCUAAUUCGUAA